CGACCUGAGUAUUUAUGAACUCACAACAGUUAUAAAGAAAUUCAUUUGGCCACUAGUAACCCAUUUUCCAACCAAAUAUCUAGGUCUAUACUACCCCAUUAUGGACAAGAUAGACUUUCUUGAUGACGUCAACUGGAUAGACCAAUUCACCCUCAGCUUAGAAUUAGACUACCAAAAGGAUACUAUUGUUAGUUUAGGUGCCAGGACCGCGAAAGGCAAAGAUCUCCCAACUUGUGAAUGCCUAAACAUCUGCACAAACCAUCCAUACCCAAACACCCCCCUAGAAUCUAUCAACCUCUCGAAGAUCUAUGUCGUAAACCUUGAUGGAUAUCUACAACCCAAAUUUUCUAAUGAGACAGACAAGGUCUUAACUACCAAAAUAACCUUAAGCGCUGUUGUUUUAGUAUCCUAUGCAACCUUUGGUCUUAAUAAAUCAGUAAAUGUCCAGGAUGUGGUUGUAUUGCAAAUUCCGCACAACUACACCAUUGCUGACACGAUCGCUCUUAAUCAACGGUUGGUUAACUCCUACAAAAUGCUAACCCAAUUCGACAAUCAGCUGAUUAAGUUCUACCAACAGUAUGUUGACUUCACCAAGCAAUCGAUUAAGUUCUACCAACAAUUACUUGAGGAUGACAAACAACUGACUAGUUUCUGUCAACAACUAACCCAAUUCAAUGACCAACUAUCUGCACUCUACCAGCCACCCGGCAACUUUAACUUGUUUACCGCCAUCAACCCCGGCAAAUUCCUAUUCAACUUUUCUAUCAUAACCCAAUCUGUGGAUUGGAAUUGUAGGAUGGAUCACGGUGUUUGUAUCCCAGGCCAAUGCUCAUGGCCAUUCUCUAACCUAAUAGCCGUACAAAACACACCCCCACUCAAACAUAUCCAUCAAUCAACCUCUAGCCGCCAUGCCCGUAGGAGGGAAAAGGUCCCUCUUAGAUCAGCAGUACUCAUCCAAAGACAAAGAAAGGUGCCGGACUCUCUGCUCUUUAUUCAGGAAAUGGACUUCUUGGGUACCACGGUUGGCAGUUAA